AUGGAGCCUCUGUCAGAGAAGCCCAAGAGGGCGCCUCGCAAACAUGUCACUACGGCAUGUGUACCUUGCCGGGAGAGCAAGAUCAGGUGCGACGGAGCUACUCCACAUUGCCAUAACUGUGAAAGGAAGGGCAAAGACUGUAAAUACCAACACGGCGAUGACAAACGGAAGGUGUCUCUUCGUGCUGCCACAGAGCUAUUCUCUGCUCGAAUAGAUCAACUGUGCCAGUUCAUUUAUGACCAUGGGCUGGAACCACCCCCAAUGAAACCCGAGGAUGAGGCGGGGGUUAAUAGAGUUUUGGAUACGCUACAGAUCCCUCGCGGGCUAGCGAAGAAAAGAGAAACUAGCGUAGCUAACGAGAUGGCCUCUCUUCCGCAAAAAGUUGUUGCGCAUUCACCCGCGCACAGCAGCCCCUCAGCUGUGCCGGAUGCAAAUGAGCGUCCCCGGGGGAUUUCUUCACUGUCACAGAAUGCGUUGCCUAAUCAAAAACUCGUUCCUUCGGCUGAGAAAGGCCGAGAUACAGUAAAUUCGUUCGGGAUCAACUCGAUUCCCACCAGUCAUUACGUCCCUGCGAAUUGGGGUUUUACACUUCCAACGGCGGAGAGCUUGGACACGAUCUAUGCCAAUCUAAAUGACGGUACCAGUCUUUCUCAGGAAAACAGUCUCAGCCCGGAAAGUCUGCAGUUGACUCCAGAUAUGCAACAGCAGCCCGGAGAGCUGCUCAGGCAAGCGCGUUACGAUAGAGAGUAUGAAUCAGACAGCGGCGACGAAGAUGAGGCGGAGAAGGACGUUAUCGAGCAAAUUUCAAAUCGCAUUGGUACUCUAAAAAUUGCGGGCGAUGGCCACUUGCGCUUUUAUGGAGCGACGUCGAACCUCAACCUGGUAGACGUUUCUGCGACCCAACAGCGCCAACGUCCUGAUGCGCGCACAGUCCGCCAUGAUGGACAGGACAUCCUGAACCAUUUACGAGUUGGACAGCCCGUUGACCAAGCGCUUGAAGACCAUCUUGUGGAGCUGUAUUUCACUUGGCAGAAUACAAGCACCUAUGUGGUCGAUAAGGAUAUGUAUAUGAUUGCUAGAUCGAAGUGGAGGAAUGAGUAUGAUGACACGCCAUUUUAUUCGGAAGUUCUUACGAACGCGAUGUGUGCUAUUGGAAGUGCUUUUGAAGCAAGAUAUCACCCUACAUUCAUCACUUUCCCCAAAUCUUUGUCAGAGUUCUUCGCAGACAGGGCGAAAGCUCUUCUAGAGAUUGAGCUGGACUCUCCCUGUGUUGCCACAGUACAGGCGCUUGUGAUUCUGAGUUGCCAUGAAGGCUCUGCGAAUCGUGAUGCUCGUGGGUGGCUGUAUAGUGGGAUGUCCACAAGGCUCGCGUUUGACCUUGGACUACAUAUUGACAUGACACCAUAUGUUGAGAAAGGAGAAAUAGGUGCAUUUGAAGCUGACGUGCGGAGAAUAGCAUUCUGGGGAAGUUACACUGCCGAUCAUUUCUGGGGCUUUUAUCUAGGAAGACCAUUUCGAAUGAAUGCGGGAGACAUUACCGUCCCCAAGCUUGCGUCCAAUUUAGACGCAGAGAAAGAAAGUACAUGGUAUCCUUAUGGACUUCCAACGAAAUCGGACAUCCUGAAGCAUGGUCUAAGGAAUCCAAAUGAAUUGAUCAGCAGACAAUUUGCCGUUUUAUGGGAGAUAAUCUCACCCGUUGGUCAUAUUUUCAUGCAAUACCACCAAAUUGUGAUUUUCACGCAUAGACCUUGGGUUUCGAAAAGUUACAUCCAGCCGCGUGCUCCUCGUCAGGGACCGGGCUAUCACCAUGCUCGGCGAAUGUGCAUCGAGUCUUCGACGGCGAUCGCACGGCUGCUCCAUAUCUACGAGAAAUUUUAUACAUUCCGUCGCAUGAACAACCAAGUUGUGGCCAUCAUAUUUAGCGCGGCUUUGAUGCUCCUUUACGUCACAAUUUCAAACACUUCCACUUCUGGCAGAAGUCCCAGCGAUGGAAGCAAUAACAAUGCAGAAAUGGUUGCUUACUUGAAUCUUUGUUUCCGUGCGUUAGACGAGCUGGGCCAGUCGUUCGAAAAUGCCAAACGGACUCGUGACUUCCUGGUGAGUCUACAACGAAGGUGGCAGGCCCAUAUGCGCAGGUCAGGUUCAGCUUUGAAGCGUCAAAUAAGCAACCGGCCAUCAUCGCAACAUCUAGUAGGCCUAGGCUCAGGCGCAGAUGCUUCCAGGAAGAAGACGCGAAUCACUGCCCCAAAAAACCAGAUCAACUAUCCAGUCUCUGUGACAGCGACAUCACAGGGUACUAACGCCAUUCCUAGCCAACCACAGCCGCAGCUGCAACCUUCUGGGCAACACCCCCUCGACGCGACUCAGCAAAUUGGGGUGCCUGGGGAGUUCGACUGGAUUCGCAAUUCGGACUUGCAGUUGCUCUCGGGAAAUUUUGGAGAUAGUAGUUUCUCCCAACUUGGUAACGUCAAUACCUUCGGGGAGGACCCUACAUUGCCUAGUCUUUCCGACAUUGAGCCCUGGUGGGAUGCUCCAGGUGGGAACACCUUCGGGGGAUCUUCUUUAUAG